CUGCCAGUACGGAAGCCGAGCUGUGCAGCCAAGGACCUUUUAGUAUUGUGGUAGUCGCCGAGUAGUGUCAAGCAUGUCCUCCGUCCAGAAGCAGACGUCGACUCGCACCGUCACGCAACAGUCCACGGAGACGUCGGGAGUGACCCAGACGUCCACCACGACGUCCCGCCAGACUAACCGCGUCCAGAUCACGCAGCGCGGCCUCUUCUUCGAUGACGCUUGCUUCGAAGACACGAGGAACGACUUCCGGAAUGCGAUCAGCGACGUCGUGUCCAGGUUUGGCGACAAAUCUUCCAACAUCGACGAGCUCACUCAGUACAGAAGUUUGCGUUCGCGCGAAAUAAGGGACGAAAACCAGGCCAUCACGUCGUCUCAGGACGAUAGCAAGUACAAGAUUGUGGUAGAUGUUCAGGACUUUGUGAGUGGAGGAGAAAUCAAUGUGAAAGUCGUCGAAGAAAGAGAGGUCGUGGUCGAAGGCCGCGUCCAGAAGGUGGAAGGCAACAGGACUUCAAGCAAGAGCUUUCCAGCGUAGCUUCUUUCUUCCCGAGGACGUCGAUGUCAAUACUUUGGCCUCCGUCAUGUCUGCUGAUGGUGUUCUCACCAUCACGGCCAUCCGAAGGACAGUAACACAACAACUGACACAAGUUCCUGUCAGCAUCCAGAAAGUGGAGAACAAACAGGUCACGACGACUACAUCCACGACAGGUGUGCAGGAAAUUGCUCUCCCUGUCCAGCCCGUUCAGGACACUAACCAAACUGUCAGUGUGCAGAAGGUCACCAAGAUCACUCAGCAGACCACGACCUCCACCGACUCGUCAACUCCUCAGUCGCCAGAGAAGCCUCUUCCCAUUGCCAAGAAGGGCGACUUCUUCAACGACUCCUUCUUCGAGGACACGCGACAGCACUUCCAGACGGCCGUCCAUGAGGUCCUGCAGAAGAUGAACAUCCAGACGGCCAACACAGACGAGCUCUCCACCUACAGGAACCUUCGUCAGCGCGAACUGAGGGAGGAGACCCAAGCCGCCACAGUCAACGAGGACCAGACAACACACAAGGUCGUUGUUGACGUCCAAGAUUUUAUCAAUGGCGGAGAAGUGAAUGUGAAGGUGGUGAACGAGCGAGAAAUCAUCAUUGAAGGCCACGUCGAGAAAAAGGAAGGAAACACUACUUCUACCAAGCGUUUCCGUAAACGUUAUGUUCUUCCCGAAGACAUCGAAGUAGAAAAAGUAACUUCUGUGAUGUCAUCCGACGGAGUCCUCACCAUUACAACGCCGAAGAAACCAUCUGCUCUGCCGCUGUCGGAAGUUCCUGUCAAUAUCCAGAAAAUUGAAAACAAAAAGGUCACAACAACCACAACCACCACAGGUGUUCAAGAGACAUCUGUACCUGUUCAACCUGCUCAACCUGCUCAACCUGCCCAACCUGCCCAGCCUGCCCAACCUGCCCAGCCUGCCCAACCUACCCAGCCUGUCCAACCUGCCCAGCCUGUCCAGGACACUGACCAGACUGUCAGUGUGCAGAAGGUCACCAAGAUCACUCAGCAGACCACGACCUCCACCGACUCGUCAACUCCUCAGUCGCCAGAGAAGCCUCUUCCCAUUGCCAAGAAGGGCGACUUCUUCAACGACUCCUUCUUCGAGGACACGCGACAGCACUUCCAGACGGCCGUCCAUGAGGUCCUGCAGAAGAUGAACAUCCAGACGGCCAACACAGACGAGCUCUCCACCUACAGGAACCUUCGCCAGCGCGAACUGAGGGAGGAGACCCAAGCCGCCACAGUCAACGAGGACCAGACAACACACAAGGUCGUUGUUGACGUCCAAGAUUUUAUCAAUGGCGGAGAAGUGAAUGUGAAGGUGGUGAACGAGCGAGAAAUCAUCAUUGAAGGCCACGUCGAGAAAAAGGAAGGAAACACUACUUCUACCAAGCGUUUCCGUAAACGUUAUGUUCUUCCCGAAGACAUCGAAGUAGAAAAAGUAACUUCUGUGAUGUCAUCCGACGGAGUCCUCACCAUUACAACGCCGAAGAAACCAUCUCCUCAGCAGCUGUCGGAAGUUCCCGUGAGCAUCCAGAAAAUUGAAAACAAAAAGGUCACAACAACCACAACCACCACAGGUGUUCAAGAGACAUCUGUACCUGUUCAACCUGCUCAACCAGCUCAACCUGUCCAGCCUGCCCAACCUGCCCAGCCUGUCCAACCUGUCCAACCUGCUCAACCUGCCCAGCCUGUCCAGGACACUGACCAGACUGUCAGUGUGCAGAAGGUCACCAAGAUCACUCAGCAGACCACGACCUCCACCGACUCGUCAACUCCUCAGUCGCCAGAGAAGCCUCUUCCCAUUGCCAAGAAGGGCGACUUCUUCAACGACUCCUUCUUCGAGGACACGCGACAGCACUUCCAGACGGCCGUCCAUGAGGUCCUGCAGAAGAUGAACAUCCAGACGGCCAACACAGACGAGCUCUCCACCUACAGGAACCUUCGUCAGCGCGAACUGAGGGAGGAGACCCAAGCCGCCACAGUCAACGAGGACCAGACAACACACAAGGUCGUUGUUGACGUCCAAGAUUUUAUCAAUGGCGGAGAAGUGAAUGUGAAGGUGGUGAACGAGCGAGAAAUCAUCAUUGAAGGCCACGUCGAGAAAAAGGAAGGAAACACUACUUCUACCAAACGUUUCCGUAAACGUUAUGUUCUUCCCGAAGACAUCGAAGUAGAAAAAGUAACUUCUGUGAUGUCAUCCGACGGAGUCCUCACCAUUACAACGCCGAAGAAACCAUCCUCUCAGCCACUACCAGAAGUUCCUGUGAGCAUCCAGAAAAUUGAAAACAAAAAGGUCACAACAACCACAACCACCACAGGUGUUCAAGAGACAUCUGUACCUGUCCAACCUGCCCAACCUGUCCAGCCUGCCCAACCUACCCAGCCUGUCCAGGACACUGACCAGACUGUCAGUGUGCAGAAGGUCACCAAGAUCACUCAGCAGACCACGACCUCCACCGACUCGUCAACUCCUCAGUCGCCAGAGAAGCCUCUUCCCAUUGCCAAGAAGGGCGACUUCUUCAACGACUCCUUCUUCGAGGACACGCGACAGCACUUCCAGACGGCCGUCCAUGAGGUCCUGCAGAAGAUGAACAUCCAGACGUCUACGACAGACGAGCUCUCCACCUACAGGAACCUUCGUCAGCGCGAACUGAGGGAGGAGACCCAAGCCGCCACAGUCAACGAGGACCAGACAAAGCAUAAGAUUGUUGUGGACGUUCAGGACUUUGUAAAUGGUGGAGAAGUUACGGUGAAAAUUGUAAACGAACGCGAGGUCAUCAUCGAGGGACACGUUGAGAAGAUGGAAGGCAAUAAGACAUCCAUAAAACGUUUCCGUAAACGUUAUGUUCUGCCAGAAGACAUAGAGGUAGAAAAGGUCACUUCGGUAAUGUCAUCGGACGGAGUUUUGACUAUCACAACACCGAAGAAACCAUCAUCUCAGCCGCUGACGCAAGUGACGCCCGUCAGUAUCCAGAAAAUUGAGAACAAGAAGCAAGAGACAAUUACGCAGGAAACGAAAACGACCACCGACAAGAGCGUGACUGACGUUCCAAGCCGAAUCUUGACCAUCAUUAAGAAAGGGAACUUCUUCAGCGACACCUUCUUCGAAGACUGUCGCCAGAACUUCCAGACAGCUGUCAUACAGAUCCUGAAGAAGCUGAACAUUGAGACUUCCACCGUGGACAUCAUGACCACGUACAGGACCGUCCGCCAGCGCGAGUUGAGGGAGGAGACGCAAGCCAUCACCGAGAAAGAGAGCGAGCAAAUCCGCAAAUUCGUUGUCGACGUGCAAGAUUUCGUCAACGGAGGAGACGUGACGGUGAAGAUCGUGCAGGAGCGUGAGGUGGUGGUGGAAGGGCGCGUGGACAGACUGGAGGGCGGAGUCACCUCAACCAAAAGGUUCAAGAAGACGUUCAUCCUUUCGGAGAACAUCCAGGUGAACUCGGUGACCGCUGUUAUGUCGGCUGACGGCAUUCUCACCAUCACGGCUCCAAAGAAGGUGACGCAACAACAACAAGUCGCCGUCGAGAAGACUACAGACACGAAGGUGACAACGAAAGAGGCCGUCGUCCAGAAACCAGGCGAGGACAGGGUUCUUCCGGUGAACAAAAAGGGAAGUUUCCUCAGCGAUCCCUACUUCCAAGACUCGCGCCAGGACUUCCAGUCGUCCGUUACGGAAGUCGUGAUGAAGUCCAGCGAGAAGGAUUCGAAGGAGGAUCACAUGACGAUCUACAGGCGCCUUCGCCAGAAGACCAUCAAGCUGGAGAACCAGGCGGUCAGCGUCAAAGAGGACGCUCAGUUCCAAAAGAUCGUGCUCGACGUCUUGGACUUCAUGAACGGAGAAGUGAAGGUCAUGAUCACAUCCGAGAACAUCCUGGUGGUGGAAGGACGUGGGACACGCCAGGAGGGCGUCAAGACGUCCUCCCACAGCUUCCUCAGGCGCUUCAUCGUGCCUGACAACGUUAUCCCGGAGUCCAUUGAAGCCACGCUCUCCUCCGACGGCAUCCUCACGAUAUUUUCCAAGAAGCAGCAGUGAGAGGUGCAGGCGUCCGGCGAGGUGCUGACCGUACUCGAUCAACCAGCCUUCCUCAAACCCUGUUUGGCUGUUUACCGGAAUCAUGUUUCCUUUUACCAGAUCGAUGUUACUGUUUAUCACACUGGUGUGUCUUUAUUCUGUGAUAAAAUAUAUAUGAAUAAUUUUUAA